AUGACUGACGAGUUAACAUCACCUUCGCUCAAGUCUGGAAAUGUGCUCGCACUUCUCAAUACCCUUUACACCUCCGGGUUUGCGAUGGCGUCCUCGAGUACUCCGCUGCUCAAAGGUCCUCAUCAAUGGUUUUAGAAGUUUCAGUGUUGAAUUAUGAUUUAGGAAAAACGCUACACACUCUUUACGCGGUCUCAUUUGUUGUCUACGUCACCAACUCUAUUUGCUCGUGGCUGCAUAUCAGUUUCGUGGUCAAAGUACACUUCAAAAUCCGAAAAGCGAAUAUAUUCAGUUAAAAUUGCAGGGUUACGUGACAUCCUUCCCUCUAAACACGUGGCUGGUAGUGUCUUUGGUGGUCACUGCGGUCUGUGGAUCCAUGUUUACAUGGUUGCUGCUGGUGCUCUGCAUCGAGAAUGCGUUUGCUCAUCGACUUGACAUCACUCCUUAUCGAAGCGGAUGUGCUUUGCUGUUUGAGGCGUUUAUCGAAUGGACACAGGUAAACCUGUCAUUUUAUUUUGAGUUCGACCAAAAAUUACUCACUUCUUAGGCAUUCAACAACUUCCGAAUGUCUUUUCUUAUCAUGGCGCUACACGACGCGCCAAUCACAAUUUUCAACUACUUUUUUAUCGCAGCCUGCAGAUGUCCGAACCCUAAGGUGAUUGUAAUCAUUGAAACGAAAAGGCGAAUAGCGAAACGGUUGCAGAUUCUCUCGUGGCCUCUUGUUCUCUCGGCAAGUUCAUGCACGGUAUCGCUGAUAUGGAGAAUCACCGUGCUGUACUUCUCUUACAAGUGAGAACAAAAGAAUUUAUGCGGCCGCUGAUAACUAAUUCUUCAGGAGGAUGGUGUGCUCGAAGAAACCGGGGAAGAAAGUGUCGGGGGUGGCAGUUAACACGUCCGUUAAGAAACAUUUCCGGCAAGCGAUUGACACCAGGUCUGAAGUCUUUUAAAACUCGAAAAAUGCAUAAAACAUUUAAUUACAGUAGUAGUACGAACGGAGGUCGUUUGGGGGAGUACGAUGAAACAUGGCCAAUUAGAUGGGCACGGUUGAAAACAAUCGGACCUCAUCACGAUGUGAAUUGGAAAUUUUAGCUAAUUAUGUGAAAAAUGAGAGUAUAUUUCAGCAGCUCCUAGACACUUCGAACACGACUAGCCCGGUUCCUAACGGCAAACCUGCAGAAAUUGUGCACUUGGUGAAGCCAACACAAGGAUUGAAGGAAUGGAUUCGCAGAGCUGGAGAUUAUCGAGCCAGAAUGAAUGUAAUUACAAAAUGAAACACAUUUUUCAAAUAUUGUUUUCUCAGUGUCGAAGUUCAUGCAGCUACAUUUGCGGUCACACGUGUUGGGGGAUCCUUUCGUGUCUCACUUACCUCGUCUGGACCCUUGUCUGUUGGAUUCCCUGUUUAUACCAUUACACGUGCCGCCACAACAGUUUCUAUCAUCGUCAUAAGUUAUGCAGAUCCUUCAUACGGUACAAGAUAUUGAAUUUUGAAGAUAUAUCCUCAACUUUUCGCAGAUAUUUCUCCGUUUCUUUCCACUACACCAUUUUCUAUCUCUCCCUUGUUAUCUCUGUUUUACUGAUUGGUAUGAAUGUCACUUUGUUGUCAUCUGUGCACGGACUGGGCUCCAAUUCGAUGCCUCCGGAGAUAGAUAGAGUAGGUUGUAACAUUUGAAGGAUCAAAUUCCUCUGCUUUAGAUUUGUGUCACAGUUGCUCCGGCUUUCCAUAUGAUUUACACGAGUAUCCUACCAGCGUCUCCUUUCGAAACUUCUUUGCAACUACGAAAACGACUGAACAGACAAAAUGCGCCGAACGACCAGAAAGCAGUGACAGAGUGCAAACCUCUCUGGGAAGACGGGGGUCUUGGAAUUGGUCUGGCCCGUCGUGAGGCCGGAGUCUGGGAGAUGAGGACACCAAUAAAUAACACAAUGCUGGUCAGAUUGACCCAUGUACUGAGAUAUAGAGCUCACAUUGCAGGCAGUCUCAACCUACGUCACUUUCAACAAUUCAAAAAUUCACGUUCCUGCUCUAAAAUUAGAGUACACGCAUACACUUUUUAUCCGACGAAACAACAAUGUAAACGAGAAGUAUAAAUGUCUCCGUGAUUCCGGAUGGUACUAGGCUUUCCCUUUUUCAACUGAAAACCCUGUGAUUUAAGGACAAUCGUGCCGUCCGUUGUUCAGCUGAGCUGGCCUUACUUUUCCGCUUGUGAGCAAAACUGGAAGUUCGCGGAGAAUCCCAACUUGAUCGAGUGCAAUCAGUUUCUUGGAGAGAAACGCCACAAUACCAGACAUUAUUUUCAUUUUCUUAGAACGUACGCUACAAUUCGCAAAAGUUAACUUCGGUAUGAUCUCAUCAAGUACGGGUUGCUAGUGCCUUUUUUCGCCUUUUUCAAUAAAUUCUUCAGACUUUCAUUUUAUUGAAUUGUUCUUAUUCACGCAAAUAGAUUCUGAGAACACUAACAGGAAAUUGAUGACAUUAAAAAUAUCGAAUAAAAUUCGGCAAACAUAUUUGAAAAAUUCUGAAAACUCUGACGAAAUUAGCAUAUUUUAUUGUGUACUCCAUAUUUUUCCCAUAUUUUUUUGUAUGUAUGCCUACCGUACCUCUCGCUCGUUUAUGCGCCUUGAAAAUGUGAAUUACUUACAGAAGCACGCAUUUUCAGGAGCGUUAAUAUCAUGCUCCAUUCCUUCAGGCCCUUCACUUCUAAUUGCAUCAUUGUAACUCUCCGAUCAAUGAUGAUAUAAGCAAGCCGUUUAACCUUCUUCUCUUUUCCCUCUCCUGCUUUUGACCACUCACAUCUUUAUCCAUAACAUGUCCUCUGCCCUCAUUUACCUCUUUUCUCUGCUUGUGUACCACCCCCCUCUCUCUAGAACUUUCCUGCGGGCCUUUCAAAUCGUACGCCGCAACUCGUGCCAGGCGCGACGCGUGUUCAUGCCGAACAUUCGCUUCGAGAGUUCUCAUGCGCCUUUAAACAUGUUCCUAAUUUUAGGCCUAAUUUUGACAGUAUUUUCCUCAUACAUCAUCAUUUUUCUUCCUUUUUCGUCCUUAUUUUUCCAAUUUCAGAACAGACUAGGACCACAAAAUGGAUUCACCGCCCCCAAGUAUGCGACGUCGACUUGUGGAGAAACGCUCGAGGCAGCAGACGACGAGACAAAAGCGGAGGAGAAGAAGGAACCCGACGUUGAGUUGAAAGAGGAAGAAGAGGAGGAGGAAGUGAUCUCCGAAAAGGGAGAGGACGGCGAGAGCGACUCUUCGGAAGACACCGAUGGAUCAGAAGACGGAUCCGUCAGAAAUAGAUCCAACAGCGUUGAUAUUUAUUUUGAUGACAAGCUCCGCGACUACGAAAUCGAAGAAGAGGAGGAGGUCUCCGAAAAGGGAGAGGACGGCGAAAGCAAUUCUUCCGAGGACACCGAUGGAUCGGAAGAAGGAUCCAUCAGAAAUAGAUCCAACAGCGUUGAUAGUUAUUUUGAUGACAAGCUCCGCGACUACGAAAUCGAAGAACAGGAGGAGGUCUCCGAAAAGGGAGAGGACGGCGAAAGCAAUUCUUCCGAGGACACCGAUGGAUCGGAAGAAGGAUCCAUCAGAAAUAGAUCCAACAGCGUUGAUAGUCAUCUUGAUGAGAAGCUCCGCGACUACGAAAUCGAAGAACAGGAGGAGGUCUCCGAAAAGGGAGAGGACGGCGAGAGCGACUCUUCGGAAGACACCGAUGGAUCAGAAGAAGGAUCCAUCAGAAAUAGAUCCAACAGCGUUGAUAGUUAUUUUGAUGAGAAGCUCCGCGACUACGAAAUCGAAGAACAGGAGGAGGUCUCCGAAAAGGGAGAGGACGGCGAAAGCAAUUCUUCCGAGGACACCGAUGGAUCGGUGGAAGGAUCCAUCAGAAAUAGAUCCAACAGCGUUGAUAGUCAUUUUGAUGAGAAGCUCCGCGACUACGAAAUCGAAGAACAGGAGGAGGUCUCCGAAAAGGGAGAGGACGGCGAGAGCGACUCUUCGGAAGACACCGAUGGAUCAGAAGAAGGAUCCAUCAGAAAUAGAUCCAACAGCGUUGAUAGUCAUCUUGAUGAGAAGCUCCGCGACUACGAAAUCGAAGAACAGGAGGAGGUCUCCGAAAAGGGAGAGGACGGCGAGAGCGACUCUUCGGAAGACACCGAUGGAUCAGAAGAAGGAUCCAUCAGAAAUAGAUCCAACAGCGUUGAUAGUCAUUUUGAUGAGAAGCUCCGCGACUACGAAAUCGAAGAAGAGGAGGAGGUCUCCGAAAAGGGAGAGGAUGGCGAAAGCAAUUCUUCCGAGGACACCGAUGGAUCGGUGGAAGGAUCCGUCAGAAAUAGAUCCAACAGCGUUGAUAGUCAUUUUGAUGAGAAGCUCCGCGACUACGAAAUCGAAGAAGAGGAGGAGGUCUCCGAAAAGGGAGAGGACGGCGAAAGCAAUUCUUCCGAGGACACCGAUGGAUCGGAAGAAGGAUCCAUCAGAAAUAGAUCCAACAGCGUUGAUAGUCCUCUUGAUGAGAAGCUCCGCGACUACGAAAUCGAAGAACAGGAGGAGGUCUCCGAAAAGGGAGAGGAUGGCGAAAGCAAUUCUUCCGAGGACACCGAUGGAUCGGUGGAAGGAUCCAUCAGAAAUAGAUCCAACAGCGUUGAUAGUCCUCUUGAUGAGAAGCUCCGCGACUACGAAAUCGAAGAACAGGAGGAGGUCUCCGAAAAAGGAGAGGACGGCGAGAGCGACUCUUCGGAAGACACCGAUGGAUCAGAAGAAGGAUCCAUCAGAAAUAGAUCCAACAGCGUUGAUAGUUAUUUUGAUGAAAAGCUCCGCGACUACGAAAUCGAAGAACAGGAGGAGGUCUCCGAAAAGGGAGAGGAUGGCGAAAGCAAUUCUUCCGAGGACACCGAUGGAUCGGUGGAAGGAUCCAUCAGAAAUAGAUCCAACAGCGUUGAUAGUCCUCUUGAUGAGAAGCUCCGCGACUACGAAAUCGAAGAACAGGAGGAGGUCUCCGAAAAGGGAGAGGACGGCGAGAGCGAUUCUUCGGAAGACACCGAUGGAUCAGAAGACGGAUCCGUCAGAAAUAUCUCCAACAGCGUUGAUAGUCAUUUUGAUGAGAAACUCCGCGACUACGAAAUCGAAGAAGAGGAGGAGGUCUCCGAAAAGGGAGAGGACGGCGAAAGCAAUUCUUCCGAGGACACCGAUGGAUCGGAAGAAGGAUCCAUCAGAAAUAGAUCCAACAGCGUUGAUAGUCAUCUUGAUGAGAAGCUCCGCGACUACGAAAUCGAAGAACAGGAGGAGGUCUCCGAAAAGGGAGAGGACGGCGAGAGCGACUAUUCGGAAGACACCGAUGGAUCAGAAGACGGAUUCAUUGGAGACAAAGUUCGCUUGCCGAGGUCAGCUAGUUGUUGAUUGACCAGUAUCAUUGUCAUUUUCAGAAACGCCGACCACGUUUACAAUUGGAGAAUGGACCCUACGAUAAUGAUGCCGUUCGUGGACCGAUGGGAACCAAACAACAUGGAGCAGCAAGGCAGUCCCAAGGAGCAAUGGGAACACGAAAGUCCGGAGGACCUACUGAGCGCAGAAAGUCCGGAAAGCCCGGAAGAGGUCGUGGAGGACGAAGAGCAGGAAGAAGGUAAGAUGGAUCCGGUUGAUUUCGAAGACGAAGACGACGAAGAGUAUGGAGCGGCUGAGCAGGUCAAGAAAGACAAAACUCCGAAUUGGAAGGACGUGGAUCUGAGACAGUUGCUCAACAUGCAAGAGUCUGGCGACGACAAGGAAGAAAAUUAUGAUACGGGCCUCGACCGCUGGAAAUCGUGAGUUUUUCCCACGCACUGCGCAAUCGUAUGUUUGAUUUUCAGAGAGAGUCGAAAAAGACACGCGCAAAAUGAAGGAGCAGGAGGAGCUCGAAAACCAAAGCACAACAGACACGAGUGA